AUGGGCUGUCAGCUGGCCGGAGGCCCCCCUGAUGUGGGGAAGAUGCUGGGCGGGGAGGAGAAGGAGGAGGACCCCGACGCAGACAAGAAGGAGGAGGAACGCCAGGAGGCGCUGAGGCAGCAGGAGGAGGAGAGGAAGGACAAGUACGCCAAGAUGGAGCACGAGAGGGAAAACAUGAGGCAAGGCAUCAGGGACAAGUAUGGUAUUAAGAAGAGGGAGGUGGCCGAGGCGGAGGCGGCGGCGGCCAUGGAGGAGGCGACGGAGGGCAGUCUGACCCGGCCCAAGAAGGCGGUGCCGGCGGGCUGUGGCGACGAAGAGGAGGAGGAGCAGAGCAUUAUGGACACGGUGAUGAAGUACCUCCCCGGACCGCUGCAGGACAUGCUGAAGAAGUAGCAGGGCUAGCCGAUGCUAACGUUAACUAGCUCAGCUAACAUGCGCCGGAGGUUGACAAUGUUGGAUCAAAAAACCCGUCUGUCGACUCUGCUCGGUCGAAAGACGAUAUGCGUUUGGUUUCUAUUCACGCUCAAAAAAAAAGGGUUGUAGCUGCCAUUUUUGUGUUUUCGUUUUUCGGGAAAAACCAAAAAAGAGAAAAAGAGAAAUAUCUAGGUCUUGACAUACGUCAAGAAGUAAAUUCAUUCCAUUUGAGCCAACAGUGUAAACCGCGGCUAACCUGCCACAUUUAGCUAAACCGGCGCUA